AGUCAGUGUUCGUCCGGCACCGUUGGCCGCCGAUCGUCCUGACGGUAUCACUGCGGUGCACAGUAUUAUAAUAUAUAACACUAUUGAAUUUAGCAAAACAAAAAUAAACAUAUAUCAACGACAAUCACAGUUUUCACCAUCCGACCUGACGGCCGUCGUUUGCUUUCCGCUGCCGAGUCGGUCCAACAACCGAGCCACAUCGUACGGUAGGUACCGUUGUCGGCGGUCGUGUCCGGACAUGUGCGAGCCCAGCGAUCCCGGUUAAACUCGACACACACGCCGGCGUGCGCCCACCCGACCGCGGCGGCCGGACCAGCUGCUGUCCGCGCGUACACAGGGCGACCGUGGACGUGAUGCCUUGCCGUUCGAAUUGAAACCCGGCGAAUGGGACUAUGGGAAUUUGUCUGGACACAGACAAAAUUCCCGAUGACGAGCAAUUUAAAAACGGUUCCAAGGAUAGAGAAAAUUGGGAAGCAGACGAUACCGACAAUACAAACAGAAAUGAUACUGGAAUGUUUGCGUACACAAACGGUCAUGUGAAAUUUGACACACCGAAAGUUCCAGUAAUUUUUGUGCUUGGUGGACCUGGAAGUGGCAAGGUCACUCACUGUGACAACUUGAUGAUAGAAAAGCGAGGCAUUGUUCACAUUAACAUGACCGACUUACUACAACAGUACACUGUUGGAAACGAUAUGGAAGACUUCAGCAAACUCUCCAGUAAGACGGUCACUGAGGUAUUGAUGUUGGAGCUUAAAAUGUCUCCUGCGGCCAAAACGUUUUUGGUAUCGGGAUUCCCAAGAAGUAUGCGCGAUGUAGUUGAAUACACAAAUAAGAUCAAAGUCGUGAACGGAGUUAUUCUGAUAUCGUGGAAUCAAAACGUGCUAGAACGCCAAAUCGAUUACGGUGCAAAGUUAGGGCAUGUCGUCUUGAGUCUGGCUAGGAUGGAGCUGAAUAACUUCUAUAAAAACGUCACUCCGGUGUCGGACUUUUAUGACCAGAGGGGAAUGCUCAUUUCGGUGAACGGAGAGCGGAGUCCGACGGAAGUGUAUAGCGACUUCCGGUCCUCGGUACUUCAAAUAUUGAGCGCCCACAAGAAUCCCGCUCCGGUAGCAGUGGCCAACGGUACCGUGCCAGUGGAUAGACAGGGUACCGAGCAACCGGAAGUCGACGUCGAGCGCCCGAAUAGCCACCACACCGUGAAUCUCGUACCGGAACCACGGGCCACGGACUUUGUCUCGGAACCGGAAACGUUUCCGCGAACCAUUUGCGUUGUGGGUGGCCCCGGCAGCAACAAGAGUUCAUUGUGCCAAAAAGUGCUCAGGGCCAACGCCGGUUGGGGGCAUGUCAGCGUUGGACCUUUGAUGCGGUCACUAGCGUCGUCCUUAGAUCCGCUUCAAGAGACGAUCAGCAGUGGACAUAUCAUCGAAGAGACGAUAGUUCACGAAAUAUUAGAUAAAGAGUUACUCAAGUACAAAAAUGCAGAGGGUAUCGUGAUCGAUGGUUAUCCAAGAAAUAUUGGACAGCUCAACUAUUUUGAAAAAAAGUAUGCUCAACGGCCGAAGUUGAUACUGUUGGAUUGCUCAAAGUUGCAGUUAGGUCGCGGGAGGCUAGACGACAGCGUGUCGGCGUUUCGCCGGCGUCUGCAGAGUUUCCGCGAACAAACUCUACCGAUGCUCAAGGCACUGGAUAAAGACAACCGCUUAGCCGUAGUGGACGGUAACACCGACGACAAGCGAGUGCAAGAGACGUUCAUCGGCACGCUAGUGGAGACGAUGAAGGGCGAGAAUUUUCCAGUUUUCCACCGGGACGACGACGACGGUGACGACGGCGACACUGAAAUCCGACAAGUCGAGCCGGAAAAGCGGACCACGUCGGCGGCGGCGGCGGCAGAACACGCUGUUUCCGGGCCAGCUGUGCCUCGUCAAAACGGUCAUUUACCGAACGACACCAACGAAGACAACAACAACCGGGGACAGCAUUUGCGUUACGAUGUGCGGAACAUGUACGCUCAAAUAGGAUCAUAUGCAAAUGAAUCCGCGCUGUAAAACGCUUAAACCAGUGGCGUGGCUAAGGGUUUUUUGGCCGACUGCCGCGUGGCUAGGUUGCCAAAAUGUUUUUGAGGACAUUUUGAUUUCGAUAUAUUUCAAUCGAAUUUCGCUGAUGAAGGAUUGAUCCAAAAAACAACACCGCUCGAUAGUGUGCCAUGUUUCAUAUCCGGAUUAUGUCACAAAACAAAGAUUCGAGCUUGACCUAUAUAGUAUGUGUUAUGUUAACAUUUUAGCAGUCAACCUGUUGAGGGGGGAGGGGUGGGCUGUUGAUGACCCGGGUGAUCUUUUUUAAUGUUAACUGUACAUCGGGUUGUUGGUGCUGCAAGAGUGAAAUAUUAUAUUGUCUAACCUCUGGAAAAUUUCAAUUUCUCCACGCCACUGGUUCGAACCGUUUUUAAACGGAUAUUUAUUAUUGUAUAAUCGUUUGUAUAGCUACGCCCAACCUGCGUAGGUAUUAUCAUAAUAUUAUUAUAGAGGUGAUUAUUCUUUAUGACUUCAAGUCAUGGGCGUGCGCGGGAUUGUGUGUUUCUCUGGUGCAGACCAGAACGAUAAUAAUAAAACCAUAAGGAUUCCAUUUAUUUUCCUAAUUAUCUGUCGGGUAAAUUAAUGUGCGUGAGAUAAAAUAAUGACUUACUUGUUUGUCAACGUCAGUGACAUCUUCGAGGGUUGAGAAAAGUUGGCAGUCCCACCAACCUAGUAUUUCGUAGAUAUUCAAAAAAAAAAUGUAUUAGCUUAUUUUUAUAGUUAAUUUUUUUGGUACUGAAUUGUUUCUAAUUUACAUUUAUGUAUUAAUACAAUAUUGUACAUGAAUGAUUAUAACGAGUAUUCAUACUGAUUGCUACGUGAUAGAUAAUUAUGUUAUAUUUUGUCGCUUAAUGUUAUGAGGUUAAAAUUCUCUCCCCGUAACAUCUUGAUAGGACGUCGCGUCGUGCACGCAUGUGUUGUCUAAUUAACGCACAGUAUUCUAUCAAAUUUUAAGUUCAGAAUAAUCCAUUUUACUCUAUUUUUUUUAAUGUUAAAGUAGUUUAACCUAUUUUAAAGGUAAGAAUAUUACUUAGGGCCCUGAUUAGUAAUUUUUUAUUUUUGAUAAUUUAAUUUUGAAACAAGUUAUGGGUGAUUUUUGAAACAAUUAAAAACUUAUCAGUAAGGUCAUACCGAUAAAAUGCCAAAUAUGGCCCUAAAACCUUAUUUUCAACAGAUAAGCAAUGUUUCUAUAAUAAUUAACUAUAAACAAUUGUUUAUUAUUUCCAAAAUACCUUAACAAUUUUUUAAAAAUAAAUUAACAAUUUAUUAAUAUACUGUCAUUUAAUAAGUGAUAAUAAACGUUAAUAAUUUAUUUUACAUUAUUUAUCCCGAUGUAUAAGGUAGUAAGUUAUACAUACCUAUACGUACGAGAUCAACAAAAAUAAAACAGUUUUUAUUUUUUUGAUAUUUGACUACAUAUGUGUACAGUGUGUUUUGAUAUUAUAGUGAAUUUAACUAUUAUCAAACUUUUAGAUAAAAAUAUCAUCUGUGCUGAAACUUUGGUUUUUGUUAGAUAUUUUAUUUUAGUUUUCAAGCGAGAUGUAUUAAUUUUAAAUUUUUAAAUUUUAAAUUUUAAUUCACUUCUCCGUAUUUUAUUUGGAAAUCAAAAUAUCGAAAAAAUGAAUGACGCUGAAGCAUAGAUAAUGUUCUUACCCGAAAAAGUGAUAAUAGGUCACUUUAAUACCAAAACUAACAGCACACUAUUUAAAUAAGAGUUUCCAUAUUAAAAUUUGCUAUGUCGUGCGUUAAAGUUGCGUCUUCUUAAAAAUUAUUAAUAAAAUACACGUGUUACAAAUCGCAUUUAAAAGACUAAAUUUGAACUUAAAUGUAUAAAAUAUACUCUAAAGUCUAAAACCAAUCUUAUUUUUAAUGACACUUUCGUGGGACAUAUUUCGAGCUCGGUAUACUGCAGUAUGAUCAACCAGAAAAAGUAUGCAAAUACAUACAAAUUUGAAUCGUACUCGUAACUUGAUUUAAAAUUAAUAUACAAAAAAAUGCCUUUGAAUUACACUGAAUAAUAGUCUUGCGUUUAACACAGAAAGUUGGUGAAUUCACCAUACUAUUAAAAAUAACAGGGUAAUAUUCUGAACGUAAGAUACGCCAUGUCCAAGGCAAAGGCAACACCAAUGGAUACACCACCCUCUUAAGAAAUAUUCAUAAAAAUAAAUAUAUAUUUUCUAAUAAGCAAUAUAGGUAAUACUAAAUAAUAUAAUAUGCAAAGACUGAGCUUAUAUACGUUUAGUUUCUACCCUCUCCCCUAAAAAUGGACGCUUAAGGAAGCCUUUGGUGUACUUGGUGUGCGAAUACGUCUGUCAAUAUAAAACUCAUCUAUUUUUAGACUUUUCGCAUUGAUAGAUGACAAAUAUUUUUAUCACUUUUCAUUUGAUUAACAUUGGAAGGGGACAUUCAUAUUACAAUUUUAUUAAAUAUUUUUAAAAUUAUUCAUUGUUAGUUAUCACCUAAGCCUUACAAAUAAAAGAUUUUCACCGGUUUAAAACAAAUGGUCAGGUGCAGCGAAAGGUAAGAGUACCGUUCGCUGCACACUCGUGCGCACGCCUAUGCUUUGAGAAAUAAAUUAUUGUCAUCCGUCGAGUGCCAUUGCGGAACAUCGAAAAACUGCAUUAUUACACCGGGAAUCAAAUCUCUAAUAAAACUAAUAAGUACUAUAAAUAAUAAUAAUAAUAAUAAUAAUAAUAGUAAUAGUAAUGAUAAUAGUUUCUACUACGAAAAUAAUAUUUUACUUUUAUUUCGUCUGUUUUGUUUUUAUUCUUUCUACGAAUGCGAUAACAUUGAAUAACUGGUGUACAAAUAAACGUGAUGAGUAAUGCUGAAAUCAUUUGUAUAUUAUCAUGUACUUUUGAUAUGUUUUUAUUGUUAAAUUCUACUUGAAUA